UGUGACAAGCGUAAAACUUUUCAUCAACAGCCGCCAUCUUGGGUUGUUGAGAUCAGUAAAUUUGGAUUAUUUUGAAGACUUUAAUUCGAUGAAGACUUCCAUUCAUUGGGUUAUGACCAAAUGAUUUUCAUCAUAAUUUAUCGUUGGAAAUUUUGAGAUCGGAUUUUGGACAUUUCGAUAUAUUUUGUUCAAGAUGUGAGCCUAAUAUAUUCGGAAUGUGAUCGGCUUUGUGAUGAACUCUCGGUGCGAAUCGAAAUUGGGAUUUCCAAAUAACAAUAUUCGGAGAUGUAAUGCAGUUAUGGCCGAAAUUUUAUUUUGUGCGGUAUUCUUGAACCUUCAUUUUAUUCUGACUGACUCUGGAUCGUAGGUGUUAUUGCACAUUAUUGUUGUCUGCACCAGGUCAGGGCCUUGCUUUAUUUAGCUAAGCAAUCAUGGCCGACCAACUUGCAGAUGGCCCACCAGCGGCCAAGCGACAGAAAGUAUCAUCGCCACGGCAAAGCAUGGGUUCUGAUCAAGGAGAACUUUUGUGGGACAUUAUGAACGAUCUUCCCGACGAAUUGAUGGGAACGGGGGAGCCUCCUCAUAACGGGACAAACGAUUCUCAUAGCGGACAAGACACAACAUCACAAAGACAUGUUCAGCUCUCACAGCUUUUAUCCAGCAAUCCAACUCCACCUCUAAAUAUAGUAAAUUCUCUUCAGAAUGCCCAAAACAGGAGCCCUAAUGUUGGCAGUAUUGCAAAUUCUCUAAAUAAUGUGAAAAGUCCGCUCUCAAACAGUUUAUCCUCACCCCCUCAUGGAUCUGUUGGUAAAAGUGGGGUGGAUGGAAACUUCCCGUCAAGUAGUGCUACUUUUACAAUGGCGAACAAUAUUUCAAAUAGUACUGUUGCUAUGGCAAGCAGUGUACCAAAUGCUGUUUUGAAGGGGAUUCCUCAUGGUUCUGGACUAACUAUUGGACAUAACCAGAUGAUGCAAAAUGGACCAUUGAGUGGUCCAAAUCGAAGUAUGAGCAUGAACACAAACAACAUGGGCCAGGCAAUGUCCAGUAUGUCACAAGCUAAUAAUAUGCUUGGAAAUUUGCCUGGUCAACAGAUGCAGACUCACCAAAAUUUAGGACUUCCUGGUUUAAAUGCUGCACAAACUCCACAGUUGAUGAAGCCCAAUGGUCCCCCGCCCCAUGGUGGUGGCUUUAGUUUCACCAACCCUUCCAAUAUAGCUGGACACCCAUCUUCUACUGCUAGCUAUAAUCAAUCUCUGUCUUCUACCAUGACUACAACUUCUAUUAGUAUGCCAACAAACGCAAUGAACACAAAUCAGCAGCAUGGUGUACUGCCCAAUAUAGGUCCCAACACUGCAACAACCUCAGCCGCAUCUGCAGGUGCAGUCGCUGGUCCUGGGGGAGCUCAACCACCGACAGCUGACCCAGAGAAGCGCAAGCUCAUACAGCAACAGUUGGUGCUUCUGCUGCAUGCACACAAGUGCCAGAGAAGGGAAACAACAAACAAUCAAACAGAAGUCUGCUCUCUUCCUCAUUGUCGUACCAUGAAAAAUGUUCUGAAUCACAUGACCCAUUGUAAUGCUGGAAAAUCUUGUCAAGUUGCUCAUUGUGCAUCGUCCAGACAAAUUAUCACCCACUGGAAGAACUGUACGCGGAGUGAUUGUCCUGUGUGUUUGCCGUUAAAGCAUGCAUCGGACAAGCAGCGCCAUCCAGCAGCAGCAGUGCUCCUUCCACAAACUCCAGUGACCAGCGCCCCAGCUAACCCCCUGACUGGUCAGGGACCACCAGGCGUUACUGAUCUUCAGAUGAAGAGGGCUUAUGCUGCUUUAGGGCUGUCUCCUCCAUCUCAACAAAGUCCUGUACGAACGCAAGGAGCUCCGGGAGUUCCAGGAGGAAUAAAUUCAAACCAAUCAAAUCAAGUGUCUCAGCUUUUGGGUGGGCUGCCUCCAGGUAUUGGAGGGUUGGUCAGUGGUUUGGGAUCCCCUGACACGCUGGCACAGAACCCUAAUAAUCCCGCACAGAACAUGGCACAGACCAAUCGAGGCUCUAAGGAGUGGCAUCAGAGUGUCACACAGGACCUGAGAAACCACCUAGUCCACAAACUGUUGAGUGGCCUGUGUGUGGAGUUUGGAUUAAGUGUCCAGGCGAUAUUCCCAACACCUGACCCUGCUGCGCUUAAAGACAGGAGAAUGAACAAUCUUGUAGCUUAUGCAAGGAAGGUGGAAGGAGAUAUGUAUGAGACUGCCAACAGCAGGGAGGAAUAUUACCACCUGUUGGCAGAGAAGAUUUACAAAAUUCAGAAGGAAUUGGAGGAGAAGAGAAUGCAGAGAAUCAGUAAAACUGGUGGUGGUGGCCAACCACAGCCACAACUGAGGGCCACAGAAAAUGGCCCUCUGGGAGGUGGUCCACCGUUCACAGCGGAUAUGUUCAACCUGUCUUCUGCAACCCCAAUGCAAGCAGGAGGACCGAGGAUGCCCAUGCACUUAACCAGACCACAAGGCCAACUUGGACCUCCAAACUCCCAGAAUCCACAACUCAAUCUAGUCUCCCAGCUGCAGAGAGAAGCACAGAGCCUGGAGGCACUGAAGACUCGUAUGCCCUCCACACACAUGGCAGGUCAACCCCAGACUCAGCUGCAGCAGCCCACCUCCCUCCCCCAAUCACAGCAACAAAGUCACUUCUCACAGCUGCCACAGCAGUCGCCAAUAUCGGUAUCCCAGGUAUCGCAGUCACCUCCAGUGUCCCAGAACCAACAAACAACCACAAGCCUGGGCCAGCUGAGCACCACAACCAUGGACCAGCAGACACUCAGUCUGCUGAAUAGUCCAUCAUCACACUCUCAACAACAGAAUCAACCGCCAAACCAAAACAUGAUUCAAACAACAGCCGUUCAAAUGACACAGUCAUCUACCAUCACUGCGCCUGGCAAGCAGAUUACCGUUAGUCAACAGCAGCCCAUGCCUGAUGUAAAAAUUAAGAUCGAGCCGUUAGACAUACACAACACUCAACCCCAGACGUUGUCCGAGGUGCUGUCCGCUCCGUGUACUACAGGAAAUCUGCUGGUCAACAACUCCAUUUCCACAUCAGUGAUGGUCAGUUCUCCCAUCACAGUCAUGUCUACAGCCUCAAUGUCAACAGCCACGAUAUCUGUGGCCACAACAUCUGCUGCUGUCGAUGUGAAACCUGAUGGUAAAUCACCAGAUAUCAAGAUGGAACUAUCCAAUGAGGAUAUCAAACAAGAGAACACAGACAGUAUCCCGGUGAAGAAGGAACCAGCCAGUGAGAAAAGUUGCAUGAGCUUGGAAGUCCAAACUCCAAAAUCUGCUUCAAGUGCUACGGAAACCGAGACGUCCCUUGAACAACCCACUCCUAGUCCAAUGAAUGGAAGCACAUCAACUGCUUUAAUAGUCUCCAAUAGUGCUACAGGGGCAGCAGCAGCAGCAGCCUCCACUAACGCCACGCCAGCCAAGCCAAAACAAAAGAAAACAUUCAAACCAGAUGAGCUAAGACAAGCUCUCAUGCCAACACUUGAGAAACUAUACCGCCAAGAUCCAGAGUCCAUGCCCUUCAGACAACCAGUAGAUCCUAUUUUACUACAGAUUCCAGACUAUUUUGAUAUUGUGAAGCGACCGAUGGACCUGUCCUCAAUCAAACGGAAGUUGGACACUGGACAGUACACUGACCCCUGGCAGUAUGUGGAUGAUGUCUGGCUCAUGUUUGACAAUGCAUGGUUGUACAACAGGAAGACUUCCAAAGUCUACAGAUUCGCAACAAAGCUGUCUGAAGUGUUUGAGGGGGAAAUUGAUGCCAUUAUGCAGUCCCUGGGAUAUUGCUGUGGCAGGAAGCAUGUGUUCAGUCCUCAGGUCCUCUGUUGUUACGGCAAACAACUCUGUACCAUAUCCAGGGACGCCAUCUACUACAGCUUUCAAAACAGUCAAAGCCAAAGAAAAACUACUGACCUUGUUUCCGACAGAUAUAUUUACUGUGAAAAAUGCUUCCAAGAAAUCCCUGGAGAAGAAGUAGAACUAUCGGAUGACCCCACCCAAUCUGCAACCUUUAAUACCUUAUCAAGAUUUACAAUGAAUCAUUGCAGCAAAAUCAGGAAGGACCAAUUUGUGAGGAUGAAGAAUGACCAGCUUGAUUAUGAACCGUUUACAGAAUGUGAUGAGUGUGGCAGAAAACUCCACACAAUUUGUGUUCUGCAUUUUGAGGCUAUCUGGCCAAAUGGUUUUACUUGUGAAAAUUGUCUGAAAGCCAAAGGAAUGAAGAGAAAAGAAAACAAAUAUAGUGCAAAGAAUUUAGCUUUUUCAGGAAUUCCAAACACCAAACUGGGGACGUACUUGGAAAACCGAGUGAACAACUUUCUAAAGAAGAAAGACGCCGGCGCUGGAGACGUUACCAUCAAGGUGCUUUCAAGUAAUGACAAAAUAGUGGAGGUGAAGUCGGGCAUGAAGACAAGGUUUGUUGACAAUAAUGAGAUGCAGGAAAGCUUUCCAUACCGAGCCAAAGCAAUGUUUGCAUUUGAAGAAAUUGACGGCACAGAUGUCUGUUUCUUUGGAAUGCAUGUUCAAGAAUAUGGAUCCGAGUGUGCAAUGCCCAACACACGGCGAGUCUACAUUUCCUAUCUGGACAGUGUACACUUCUUCCAGCCCCGACAACUCCGAACGGCUGUGUAUCAUGAGAUUCUCAUUGGCUACCUGGAGUAUGUCAAGCAGCUUGGUUAUGUGUGGGCCCAUAUAUGGGCGUGUCCGCCUAGUGAAGGUGACGACUACAUCUUCCAUUGCCAUCCUCCUGAACAAAAAAUUCCAAAGCCCAAACGACUGCAGGAGUGGUACAAGAAGAUGCUGGACAAAGCUAUCAUAGAGCGAUGUGUCAUCGAUUACAAGGAUAUCUACAAAGAUGCCAUAGAGAACAAUGUGCAAUCAGCCACUGAGAUGCCCUACUUUGAGGGUGAUUUUUGGCCCAAUGUGUUGGAGGAGAGUAUCAAAGAACUGGACCAGGAGGAGGAGGAAGAAAAACGUAAACGUGAGGAGGCUGAGGCUGCAGCUGCUGCCGAGGUGGAGUGUGUCGAGGGCACCGAAGAAUGUGACAGUAGUUCUCAAAAUGGCACAGGAAAGAAGAAAGGCAAAGGAGGUAGGAACAAAAAGGCCAACAAGAGCAAGAACAAUCAAAGGAAAAACAACAAAAAAACCAACAUGCCACACGGUGGGAACAAUCUCUCCCAGAAGUUGUAUGCUACAAUGGAGAAACACAAAGAGGUGUUUUUUGUGAUCCGUCUACACAGCCAACAGGUGGCUCUUACCCUUCCGCCCAUACAGGAUCCCGAUCCAUACAUCUCCUGUGAUCUUAUGGAUGGUCGGGAUGCUUUCUUGACAAUGGCUCGUGACAAGCACCAGGAAUUCUCCUCACUGAGGAGAGCCAAGCUCUCCACAAUGGCUCUGUUAUAUGAACUGCAUAAUCAAGGAAGAGACAAUUUUGUGUACACAUGCAAUAACUGCAAAGCUCAUGUGGAAACUCGGUGGCACUGCCGGGUGUGUGAAGACUAUGAUAUGUGUUCAACGUGCUAUGAAAAGAAUGGCCAUAUUCACAAGAUGGACAAAUUGGGUCUGGACUUGGAUGAUGGUUCAUCACCUUCAGAAAAGCCAGAAAAUCCCGCAGAAUCUCGACGUCAAUCUAUUCAGCGUUGUAUACAAUCUCUGGUACAUGCUUGUCAGUGCAAAGACGCAAAUUGCAAACUACCAAGUUGUUUGAAGAUGAAGCGUGUUGUUUCUCAUACAAAGGGUUGUAGGAAAAAGACCAAUGGUGUGUGUCCAAUCUGUAAGCAGCUUAUAGCACUGUGUCUAUAUCAUGCGAAACAUUGUACAGAGAACAAGUGUCAGGUGCCAUUCUGUUUGCAAAUUAAACAUAAACUGAGGCAGCAGCAGUUGCAGCAUCGGCUGCAGCAAGCCCAGAUGCUGAGGAGGAGGAUGGCCUCCAUGCAGCGGGUUGGAACAACCACUACGACGGUAACGCAAGUGGCGUCUCAGCCCUCGCCCUCCACAACUCCAAUCCUACAACAGGCCAUCCCGGGCAAGCCAGCUUCGGGCCCCCCACAGGGUGCCCUAGAGGCAGCCCAACUGGCUAAGGAAGCGGCUCAGAGGCAAGCGGAGAUGAGCAUGGGAAAACCUGUGAUGACAACGACUGCGACACCCAUGCCACCUCCGAUGCCUUCUACCAUGAGUCAGUCAAUCCCAGCUCAAAAAGUGUCAAUGCAGACAUGGACACAGCCACAAUAUCCUCAACAACCACAAAACCCCAACCCCAGUCUGCACCCGGAUAUGACACAGAACACGUUAUAUCCGAGACCCAAUCCUCAGCCACAGCAGCCUCCUCCCAUCAAUCCACCACAGACAGGCCCCAAUGCACCGCGGCCUCCAACCACACCGCUUCAACAGUUGUUAGCUACUCUCAAAUCUCCCGCGUCUCCGCAGCAGCAGCAGCAAGUUCUUCACAUUCUAAAAACUCAUCCGCAACUCAUGGCAGCUUUCUUAAAACAAAGGACUCAGCAGCAUCAACAGCAGGCUCAAAACCAGCAGCCUCAUCCACAACCCCCACCCGCAACCAACCAUCAAUUGUGGUAUCAACAACAGCAACAGCAGCAGCAACAACAACAGCAACAGCAACAACAGCGUCUUCGGCUUCUUCAACAACAGCAACAGCAACAACAGCAACAGCAACAACAGCAUUCGCAGCAGCAACAGCAUCAGCCUCUCAAUCUGCCGCAGUUCCAGCAACAACAGCCUCAGUAUACUCAAGUACAACGACCACGUAUUCCCUACACAGGGCAGCCGGCCUACCAGACAGAAGGGAACGGCCAGCACAUGUCGCAACAGUUUCAACAGCAACAAAUGAUGCAACAAGUGCAGCAGCAGCAGGCGCAGCUGAGGCACCAGCUGUCUGCAGGGGGCAAGCCUGUGCAGGUUAAUGCUCAGAUGUCUGCCCAACAGGCAGUUACUAACCAACAACUUAUGCAGCAAGUACGAUCGCCCACAUCGGCAUCGUUACCACAGACUGUUCGUUCUCCCCAGCCCACAUUAUCUCCCCGGCAGCAGCUGAACCCCUCGCCACGACAACCACAAAUGUCGCCACAUCAUGUUGUGUCUAGUUCACCUCAUCCGGGUGCCAUGGGAGGUGACCCCAAUCAAAUGAACACAGACCCUAGUUUACUUUUGAGUGGUGGUAUGUCACUGCAGAACCAGCCCCCUGACGGGGGACUUAGUCUACCACAAGACACUGAGGUCACUCCGCAAGACCAGUUAUCACGAUAUGUGGAGACGUUGUAGCACACACUAUUGUUAGGUUUUGUGACCACAUUUUACUACAGGAAUAACGUUAUCAGUGACGUAUAACAAAGAGACUAUACGUUAUGUGUCAAUCUGAUUGUUUCUCACCAAUGUAAUUGUCCUUUUUUUCCAGAACAAAUUAUCUACAGAUUUUUUCUUGUGUCAGAAAAAAUAUGUUUUAAUAUAUUUUAUUUUAUAUGACUAGGAAAACGUUGUGUGUGUUGGUGUGAUUACUAGAUGUAAUGUGUGAUUUAUACGUAUGCUUGUGGGCAAGAGAUUAGGAAUGAAUGAUUUUCAGUGAAUGAGAGGUUGUUAAGUUGUGACAUUAUCAGGUAUAAAGACAGUUUUGCAUGGUGAGACAAAUGUUUUUGUUGCUGUCUUGUACAAGUUUAAAACGUUAAAAGUUCCAAUGUCUUUCUUUAUACAAUGAAUUUUAUCAUCUCAGCCUUUGAGUAAGAACUAGAUUCAUCUAAUGAUUUUACUAGGGGAAGAAAUCGGUGUGGUGGACAGUGAAACUUCAAAGCCAGCCGUGUGUAUCAUGUGUCGGAGACAUCUUUUGCCUACUCAUGUAGGGUUGAAAAGAGGAAUGUGCUAUUGUAGAUUUUUAAGUUGGAAACAAUUUCCAUGGUGUUUUCCAUUCAAAGAUGGCUGUAUAAUUGUAUGAUUCCUAAAUUAAAUUAAUUUUCUCCCUUUUCUGUAGAUUAAGAUAUUUUUCAUUAUCGGUGCCCUAACCAUAACCAAGCCCUAUAGACACUAUAAAUACGUGAUAAUGAAAUACCAUGCUGUUUGUACAUUUUGUAAUACUUCAUAGUACUGUGUCAUUUCCAUGUCAUCCAUUAGUUUAUCAACUGGUCAGAUUUCACGUCACACAAAACACAUUUUUGGGUAGUGUUACAUUUUUCAGUGCUGUGCUGGAAUGCCCAUAACACAACCUGCAAACGUUGUAUAAAUACAGUGAUGAUAAACAAAGAG